UAAACUAAUCACCGAGAGCAUCGACAAUGCCGGAACACACUCCGGCUCCGACUCCGCAUAGGGCGGUCUAUGGUUUCGCCUUCUAUAUGCUGUUCACGGUCCUCUUCCUCACCUACGUGACUUGGGCCCUGCUGCCAGUGGAGUUUGGCCUGCACUCGUAUCUGCCGGACAAGUAUUUCGCCGUAUUUGUGCCCUUUCUGGUGCUGGUCUUCGCCUGGUUCUUUGCCUUCCUCAUCUACCCUGCCAUAAAUCUCUCGAUGACAGUGGAUGUUGAUUCCAUUGCCUCGGUGGUGGAUCCCAAGCUGGCACUGCCCAAAGGGACAGAGUUCACCUCCUGGUCGCAGUUGCAAAAAGGCGAGCUCAGCCAGGAUUCCACAUCAAAGAAGGCCUCUCCAGUAAACUGCAACCUGUGCAGGACUUUCCACCAACCUGUGACACGUGCACCUAUUGCACCACUGCGUUUUCUGGACCUCCAGGAAGUAAAUACAGCGUAUUAUAACUAAAAAACUA